GGCGCGGCGGAGCCCGCGCGGACCGGGAGCACCAUGCACUCGGGGCGCGUGCGGCUGGCCGCGGCUCCGGGGACCCGGCCCUAGUCGCCGGCCCCGCCGCCCCGGGGCGCCACCGGAACGACGCGGCCCCGCGCGGCGCGAGGAGGAGCCAUGGGCAAGUGCAGCGGGCGCUGCACGCUGGUCGCCUUCUGCUGCCUGCAGCUGGUGGCUGCACUUCAGCGGCAGAUCUUCGAUUUCCUGGGCUACCAGUGGGCUCCCAUCCUGGCCAACUUUCUGCAUAUCAUGGCUGUCAUCCUGGGCAUCUUUGGCACUGUGCAGUACCGGUCCCGGUAUCUCAUCCUGUAUGCAGCCUGGCUGGUGCUCUGGGUGGGUUGGAAUGCCUUCAUCAUCUGCUUCUACCUGGAAGUUGGACAGCUCUCCCAGGACCGGGACUUCAUCAUGACCUUCAACACAUCCCUGCAUCGCUCAUGGUGGAUGGAGAAUGGGCCAGGCUGCCUGGUGACGCCUGUCCUGAAUUCCCGCCUGGCCCUGGAGGACCACCACGUCAUCUCUGUCACUGGCUGCUUGCUUGAUUAUCCUUACAUAGAAGCCCUCAGCAGUGCGCUGCAGAUCUUCCUAGCUCUGUUCGGCUUCGUGUUUGCCUGCUACGUGAGCAAAGUGUUCCUGGAGGAGGAGGACAGCUUUGACUUCAUCGGUGGCUUUGACUCCUAUGGGUACCAGGCGCCGCAGAAGACGUCGCAUUUACAGCUGCAGCCUCUGUACACGUCGGGGUAGCUUCUGCCCCGCACCCACCCGCGUACAACGCCCUGGGCAGUUGGAGAGAGAAGCAGCGUUGUCCAGCAGCUCAGAGCACGAUGGACAGGCGUGCCCCCUGGCGGCGCAUGGGCUGACUGCAGCUUGUGCCGCCUCCUCGGUCUGCAGCCCCUGGAGCGAACGCCUCCGACUCAGACUUGAACUUGGACUUGACCUGACUCUAGCAGCGGACUUCAGAGCUGGGGCAGGAUGGGGUAGGGGGGAGGGGGAAUCGCUGGGUUUGUAUUUUUUUUAAUCUCAGCCUCGGUAUGUGCCGGGGUCUUCCUCUUUCUUCAGCUUUACUCCUUACCUAGAAUCUCGCCCUCAGUCCGGACAGCAAGACAGACGUACUCACCCCAUCUCAGCCCUCAUUCAAACGCCCUGGGGAAAGAUACUGUGAAGUAGAAGCAGGAGUCCUGGGCUGCAGCUGCAGCGCCAUCACUGUCAUCCUGGGUGACAUCUGGCAGGGCCUUUGCUCUCUCCGGGCCUCAGUUUCCCCACCUCAAGUAAAGCAGAUGAUGCUUUUAGCAUUCUCGUUUGACUCUCGGCCCCCUGGGUUACAGAGCAGCUGUGGAAACUAAGGCCCAGAGAUGUGAGGUGACGAGCCUGAAGCCACACAGUAAGGCUUUACAGCAGAGCGAGGCCUUGAAUCCUGUGCGCUCUAGGGUCUCCAACCCAGUAGCUUGGACAUUUCUGCACACUCACACGCCGCCGCCGCCACUCACCAGCUCCACUCUUAAAGCAAUAUACCGGUGUGUCCUCUUGUCGGGAACCAGACAGACAAGAGCCCAAAGCCUUGAGUUCAGGCUGACCCACAGGAAGCCUUUGUGGACUCAGCCUGCCCGUCUCCGGCAGACCUUUGAACCUCGUCCUCCAGGAAAGCAGGACCACCACUCCUUUACCAGGUCCCUAAGCCUGGGUCCCUAUCCCACAAUUCCCCACCCCCAAGCAAUCCCACUAACCCUCAAUUCCUCUACCUACGGCACCGUUGUGGUCUCAGAGGAGGAAA